AUGGAGAACGCCACCAUGACAACCCCGCAGCUGGUUCAAAUUACACUCUCGGACGAGGAACGCGCUACUAAGACUCUCUCUUCUCAUAACCUUCAAGCAGCUCUUGAGGGUCUCCAUCGGGAUGGCGUAUGUGUCAUUACUAACGGCGUUGACCCUAUUCAUCUCGAUAAGCUGAACGAUCGCAUGGUCCCCGAGGCCAAGACCCUGUAUGCCAAUCCACAAACCCACCGCAACUUUGGCUCUCGUACCGGAAACAUCCAGCAAGAGCCUGUUGUCGACUCGAGCUAUAUGUUUGAGGACGUUAUUGCAAACCCCUGGGCAACUGCCAUCACCGAAUGCAUGCUGGGACCCAACCCACACCUGCGUUUCUAUAGCGCCAACACGGCCUUCAAAGCUGAAGACCGACAACCGGUGCAUGUAGACGUGCACUUUGACUUCCCCAAGAUGCCAUUUGGACUAUGUAUCAAUAUAAACCUGGUGGCGACCUCUCCGGAAAAUGGCGCUACUGAGCUCUGGCCUGGUAGCCACCGGGACGCCGAUCCUCGAGACAGUGACGACACCGGUGUGAUCCCGGAGAUCGUUGAAGCACGGCGCAGGGUUUCUCCCCCAGUGCAGCCAUCGCUACCCAAGGGAGCGAUUAUUAUUCGGGAUUUCCGGCUGUGGCAUGCAGGCAUGCCGAACCGCACGGAUGACCCGCGUGUUAUGCUCGUGACAAUUCAUUUCCCGGCGUGGUAUCGUACAGACUUAAAGGUCGUGUUACCUCGGAGCUUGCAGGGAAAGGUGGACUGGGGUCAUCUAGUGCCGUGCGUUGAGUGGGUGGACGAGGACUAUGACUAUUCGAAGGGCCGGCAUGACCAUGACUUUACAUUGCAGCCAUAG